AGCAAGAUGGAAAGAGAAGACAAUUCAGAUCCCAUCCCGAUUGAUAUCCUUCUCGAGAUACUCUCAAGAUCGUCGACCAAGUCAAUCGCUAGGUUUGGUCUUGCAUCCAAGUUCUGUGCGUCUUUACUUCGAGGUCCAGAUUUCACCGAGUUGUUCCUGACUAGGCCCUCGACUCGGCCACGUCUCUUAUUCGCCGUAGGAAAUUCGGAUGAGUGGCGCUUCUACUCGUCGCCCCAGAAUCCAGAUGAGGACCAUUCUCUUGAAGUCGUAUCAGCCGAUUUUCAUAUGCAGUUACCUAAAGACAUGGUGGGAAAAGAGAUUUUUGGCCCAGUCUCUGGUUUGCUUUAUUUUCCUAACAUGGGGACAGAUACAGUGCCUGUUAUAUGUAACCCUAUGACUGGACUACUCAAGAGAUUAACUCAAAUUACAAGUAAGUACAAUCCGACCAGCUUAUUAGGGUAUGAUCUGAUUGGUAAACAGUACAAGGUACUGUCAAUAAUUUAUUCACCUUAUGGAUCAGAGGAACAUGUUUCGACAUUAGGAACUAGAGAUGUUUCAUGGAGGAAGGUCAGGUGUCAUGUAAAUCAUGAUCCGCCUAUAAAAGAAGGGAUAUGUAUCAAUGGGGUUUUGUAUUACAUAGUUGAUGUAUACCGAAACAAGUUGUUAAAAAUAGGUUGCUUUGAUGUUAGGUCUGAAAAGCUUAGGUUUCUUCACAAAGAUUCUACUACCAUGAGCUUAUCCAGCUGUCUUUCGCCCAUCAAACUAAUAAAUUACAAGGGAAAGUUAGGCGUGAUUAGUUGGAGUUGGAACUGCUAUAGGGAUGUCAUUAAGUUUUGUUUGUGGAUUCUAGAGGAUGACCAGAAACAAGAAUGGUUGAAACGUGAAUACACUUUGCCGGUGUAUACAGGUGUUAAGAACAAUGCUUACGUCGUCGCUGGAGUGACGGCUACUGGUGAAAUUAUUGUCUCCAUGAAUAAGAAAUUUAAACCCUUCUUAGUUUACUACUUCAAUCCCGAAAGGAACACUUUAAAAAAAGUUAGAAUCCCAGGGUUGGAAGCGUCUGAGGAUUAUAGUCGAGUUCAAGCCUUUGUAGACUAUGCAGAAGAUCUCAAGUGUAUAUAACAUAUUAACUUAGAACACAGAAUCCAGCUACUUUUCAUGUAACUGUAACUUUUCAUCUACAUGUUUGGUUGU